GGCAGGGGGUGCUGGCCGCGCUGGCUACUACACCCCUGCCCUGCGGCCUGUGUGCCUCGGUGUCCCUCCCCCAGGAGGCUGCGCGGUCUCCCCGGCGAGCUAGGGGGCACCCUCUGGCCCCCAUCAGCCAGCCCGGGGCCUGAGGGGUGUGGCCACUGCAGAGGGGAGGGGCCGAUGAGAGACAAACGGACCGAAAGACAGAGAGACCGCGAGAGGCGAGGGUAGAGACCCACAGGGUGCUGUCUGCAGAGCGGAGCCCCCAGCCCGCUCUCUUCAGUCCCCGAGGACCCCCCUCCCGCCCCGGGGGGACCUGCCCUCCUGCCUCCCGGGACGACGUGCAGCGGGGCGUCCUGUGCCGCCGGCGGCGUGGCAGCCCCCAAGUCCCCUGUGGGCCCGCCUCCGCCGUGCCUCGGUUUCCCCGGAGCCCGGGCCGGACUGGCGCCCGCACGUCCGCGGGCUCUGGCUCCCGACCCACCGCGCAGUGACCCGCGCUGUCCCAUCCAUUCACCGUCGACAGAGGGGAAAACCGACGCUCAUCAGCAUUGAGCCCCCAGCUUGGCAGUGGCCGCUCAGGGACUUCAAUCUGAGCUUGUCUGAGGUGUGCCAGGGCCAGUGCCAGCCGCACCCACAGCCUCAGCCCAAUGGGACGGUGACGCUCACGCUCCCGACUGCCCCUCCGCCAUGUGGACCAAUGACAGUUCUCUGGGCCCCUGUUUCCGGCCAAUGAACAUCACGCUAGAGGAGCGGCGCCUGAUCGCCUCCCCCUGGUUCGCUGCCUCCUUCUGCCUCGUGGGCCUGGCCUCCAACCUGCUGGCCCUGAAGGUGCUGGCAGGGGCCCGGCAGGGCAGCUCUCAGGGGAGGUCCUCCUUCCUCACCUUCCUCUGUGGCCUGGUCCUCACCGACUUCAUGGGGCUGCUGGUCACCGGCGCCAUCGUGGUGUCCCAGCACGCCAUCCUCUUCGACUGGCAGGCCGUGGACCCCGGCUGUCGCCUCUGCCGCUUUAUGGGCGUCGCCAUGGUCUUCUUCGGCCUGUGCCCGCUGCUGCUGGGGGCCGCCAUGGCCGCAGAGCGCUACCUGGGCAUCGCGCGGCCCUUCUGGCGCCCCGCGGCCGCCUCCCAGCGCCGCGCCUGGGCCAUCGUGGGGCUGGUGUGGGCCACGGCGCUGGCGCUGGGCCUGCUGCCCCUGCUGGGCCUGGGCCGCUACACCCUGCAGUACCCGGGCUCCUGGUGCUUCCUCACGCUGGGCCCCGCGCCCGGGGACGUGGCCUUCGGGCUGCUGUUCGUGCUGCUGGGCAGCCUCUCCGUGGGGCUGUCCUUCCUGCUCAACACCAUCAGCGUGGCCACCCUGUGCCACGUCUACCACGGGCAGGAGGCCGCGCAGCAGCGCCCGCGGGACUGCGAGGUCGAGAUGAUGGCCCAGCUCCUGGGCAUCAUGGUGGUGGCCAGCGUCUGCUGGAUGCCGCUGCUGGUCUUCAUCGCCCAGACGGUGCUGCGGAGCCCACCAGCCAUGAGCCCCACCGGGCAGCUGUCCCGAGCCACGGAAAAGCAGCUGCUCAUUUACCUGCGUGUGGCCACCUGGAACCAGAUCCUGGACCCCUGGGUGUACAUCCUGUUCCGCCGGGCCGUGAUCCGCCGCCUCCACCCUGGCCUCAGCACCCGGUCCCGGUCGCUCUCCCUGCAGCCCCAGCUCGCCCGGAGGCCCACCAUGGCGUAGGGCCAGGGAGACAUCAGCGGCCAUUCAGCCUCGGGCCUCCCUGACAGUCACAGCUGCCCACCCUGAAGUCCAGAGCUGGGAUGCAGGAUGAGCAGAGUUUGAGUGGCAGGAUUGUGAGCUGUCUUCCGUCAGCCCUGGGGGCUCCCCGAUCCUCCCUGACCCCCCCUUUCUAAGCCCGUUUUCUUCUCUCAGGCCCCUCCCAACUUCAGGCUGGGUGAGUGGGAAUGUCGGAAGGGUAUCUGGAGACAAUUAAACUUGUAAGCCUCCCCUUCCAGAAGUCCCCAGGAAAUUGGGGGUCUGACCACUGAAUAUGACCUAUUCUGUGGGGUACAGUUGAUCCCCUUUGACACCCCAACCUGAGAAGGCUCUGCCUAGAAAAGAUUCAAUAUAAAUGGGCAGGACGCCCCCUCUCUUGCCAAAAUGUAUCUCAGCGGCUUUAUUUCCCUUUGGGUCUGGAGGCCAGCGGCCACUUGUUGAAGUUUGGUGCAUCAGAUCGUUAUCCGGCCCUGUGACAACCGAGCAGAAGGCGGGGGCGGGCAGAGGGCAUGAGACUGGGUUUUGGCUCCUCGCCCACCUCCCCAUUGAGUCCAAUCUUCUGGAAUCCUUCCUGUCACCCCUCGAGAGGGUUCUGGUAUUAAACCCGUGGGAGACACACACAAGGCCACUGAGUGACACACGCUUCCUCCGUCCCAGAUGGAGCCAUUCCCUUAUAAGCUUAUCGUGUAGCCGGUCAUUCACUUCACACUCCGACUCCCAGUGUCUUGAACAAACAGCACUUGGCCCACAAUAAGUGCUCAAAAAAGAUGGAUCGAAUGGACGAAUGACUGGGGUUUUGAGGAGCGUCAUGUAUGUGUGAAUACACGAACCCAUGCACAGUGAGUACUCGUAAAGCACCUGGCACAUAGUAGGUGCUUAAGAAGCAGCC